CGCCCCCAGCCGGCCUCCCUCAUUGUCCUCGCUCGCCCCGGCCUUGUGUCUGGCGGAGGCUCUCGGCCCCCGACCCCACAUCCACAUCUCCCACUGCAUGCACCCCUCCCCAGGGCUCCACACCCACCUGUCCUCUGCUGCCUCCCCCGUCCCGGGGUUCCACGUGUUCAGCCUCCCAGCCCCGCCCAGACGCACCCCUUAGACUGGUGGCUAGCCCGACCCAGAGCCCCUGCCCUGGAGGGAGAGGUGGGAAUACUUGCACGUGGGUCCGGGUGUAUGGUGUAUGGCUAAGCUUGUCUGGGAGCCGCGGUUUGUUGAUGUAUGUGGCUUGUAGGUUACUGUCACCCCAAGUGUGUCUGGCUCUAUAUGUGGGUCUCUGUGUGUCCCUUAGAGUGUGGGUGCUUACUGCUGGUACUAAAGCUGUCUGUGACUCUGUGUUUGAGAUAUCCUGCUCUCAGAAGCGGUGCCAGAAGUGUUUGAGUGUUUGUUGACCUUUCGAAAGUACAACGAAGUUCUGACCCAAGCAAGACAGACACCCCACCACCACCACCUCCACCCCUGUCCACCUCUGCCAUCCUAGAAACUUUGCUCCUCCAGGGCCAAGCAUAGUCCAUUUCAGGAAUCAGAACUAGCUUUGCUGCUCAGGCUCCAGAGCCAGCCUAAGAUUGAGGUAGAAUACAAACAAGUCCAUGAGUUUCAAGGUGUUUACGAAAGGCUGGCAGCCAGAUGCUUGGGCCCAUUGGGCAGGCCGUUGGCCACCUGCGGGAUGAGCAGACUGCUGGGGGGGACGCUGGAGCGGGUCUGCAAGGCAGUGCUCCUUCUCUGCCUGCUGCACUUCCUUGUGGCUGUCAUCCUCUACUUUGACGUCUACGCCCAGCACCUGGCCUUUUUCAGCCGCUUCAGUACCCGAAGCCCAGCCCAUGCCCUCUACCCUGCAGCCAGCAGCAGCACCAACUGCUCUCGGCCCAAUGCCACUGCCGCUAGUUCUGGGCUUCCUGAAGUGCCCAGUGCCCGACCUGGCCCCACAGCUCCAGUCAUUCCACCCUGUCCUGACGUGCCACCUGGUCUUGUGGGCCGAGUGGUCAUCGAGUUCACCUCACCCAUGCCUCUGGAGCGGGUGCAGAGGGAGAACCCAGGCGUGCUCCUGGGAGGCCGCUAUACACCACCUGACUGCACCCCAGCCCAAACGGUGGCAGUCAUCAUCCCCUUUAGACACCGGGAGCACCACCUGCGCUAUUGGCUCCACUAUCUGCACCCCAUGUUGAGGCGGCAGCGGCUCCGCUACGGUAUUUAUGUCAUCAACCAGCAUGGUGAGGAGACCUUCAACCGGGCCAAGCUGCUCAACGUAGGCUUCCUAGAGGCCCUGAAGGAGGAUGCUACCUAUGACUGCUUCAUCUUCAGUGAUGUGGACCUGGUCCCUAUGGAUGACCGCAAUCUGUACCGUUGUGGUGACCAGCCCCGCCACUUUGCCAUUGCCAUGGACAAGUUUGGCUUCCGGCUGCCCUAUGCUAGCUACUUUGGAGGUGUGUCAGGCCUGAGUAAGGCCCAGUUUCUGAGGAUCAACGGCUUUCCCAACGAGUACUGGGGCUGGGGCGGUGAGGAUGACGACAUCUUCAACCGGAUCUCCCUGACUGGGAUGAAGAUCUCACGCCCAGAUGUCCGGAUAGGCCGCUACCGCAUGAUCAAGCACGACCGGGACAAACACAACGAGCCCAACCCUCAGAGGUUUAGUAAGAUUCAGAACACAAAGAUGAGCAUGAAGUGGGAUGGCAUUGGAUCAGUGCGGUACCGCGUCUUGGAAGUGUCUCGGCAACCACUCUUCACCAACAUCACAGUGGACAUUGGACGACCCAUGUCAUGGCUCAAUCAAGGCUGACACUAAUGGACAAAAGCCCUCCAUGCCCUUCUGAUGUGGAGGGUUGCCUGCCAGAGGACUGACCUACAGCCUGGCUGGCAGCAGCUCUGGGGGCGUCCCCAAGACUGAGACUGUGAGCUGUUUUCUGAGGGUCUUAAUAGACAGCCAGCCGCACCUCGAAGUUUCAGAACCCACUUUGAGGGGCUUCUGGACAAGCCCCUCUUCUGGCCCUCUCUGGGGUCAAUCCUUCCUGCCCUACUUGCCCCCCCAAACCUCCUCACUGUUAGGGUUGGGCCAGCCCCUGCACUGCCUCGCGGAGUGGCCUGGGCUAGGUCACUCCACCUCUCCGUGCCUCAGUUUCCCACUCCCUUGAGUCCCCUAGGGCCUAGAAAGGUGGGAGGUUUGACUAGGGGGCAGUGUCUCUUCCUGGGGGGAUUCUCAGAUCUGGAGAUCCCUCAUGCUUCCAGGGGAGGGGAAACCUUUUUCAUUCAACAUUGUAGGGGCAAGCUUUGGUAAGCCACCUACUGAGGAGUGCCCCCAGGAGGGGACCAGAAGGGGUGCUGUGUUUCCUGGGAUCAUGGGAUUGGCCUUUGCAUGGGGGACAGGUGGGGCUUGGAUCAGUCAAUGGUUCUGGCCUCCCUCCCUUAGUGAGGAGGCAGGAGCCCGGGGGCCUGCCCAUGUUUAUAUGUUGCACAGAAACUUGUGUGGGUGCUUUAGUAAAAAACGUUAAUGGAGAA